GAGUCGGUCCUCCUCAGUGGAUCCCGAAGCAGCAGCGCGAGCGCAGCACGGACUCGUUCCGCUCCCCAGAUGAUCGAUGUCACACGGAUCGAUGGAUCUCGUUUGAUGUCGAUAUAUUAAGUUGUUCUCAUCUCUCCUCAUCUCUCUUCCGGUGAGCUCGUGCUCGGGCUCGCGCGCAGCCAUGGGCUUCUACGGCACCUUGAAGCUCAUCUUCUACAAAAUGAAGAGGAAGAUAGACCACGGUCCAGACGGCCGGCCGUUCCCUUCCGGGAAGAAGUGCUGCAAAGGAUACCUCCGUCCCGCUUGUCUGGGUCAGACCACCACGCCGACCACGUUCGGCGACCUGCGGCUGGCCAACGGGCACUCGGCUCAGCGGCGCCGCGUCACCUCCGGCCCGCCGCCCUCCGGCCUCCAGGACUGGCUCCACACCUUCCAGGCCUGGAGCGGCCCUGAGAGGCUAUUGGCUCUGGACGAGUUGAUUGACGGGUGUGAGACCAACCAGGUGAAGCACGUGAUGCAGGUCAUCGAGCCGCAGUUCCAGAGAGACUUCAUCUCCCUGCUGCCCAAAGAGCUGGCUCUGUACGUGCUGACCUUCCUGGCCCCCAGAGACCUGCUGCAGGCCGCUCAGACCUGCAGGUACUGGAGGAUCCUGGCUGAGGACAACCUGCUGUGGAGGGAGAAGUGCCGAGAGGAAGGCGUGUCGGAGUCGUGCCAUCGCAGGAAGUGCUCACGGCCGGCGUUCAGUCCGUGGAAAUCGGCGUACAUCCGACAGCAGCGCAUCGAGAGCCGCUGGAGGACGGGCGGCGCGGGCGAGCCGAUGGUCCUGAAAGGUCACGACGAGCACGUCAUCACGUGUCUGCAGGUCAGCGGCGACCUCGUCGUCAGCGGCUCCGACGACAACACGCUCAAAGUCUGGUCCGCCGUCACCGGGAAGUGUCUCAGGACCCUGUCCGGUCACACCGGCGGCGUGUGGUGCAGUCAGAUGUCCGUUGCCACGGUGAUCAGCGGCUCCACUGAUAGGACGCUGCGUGUGUGGGACGCCGAGAGCGGCACAUGUACACACACCCUGUACGGACACACCUCCACGGUGCGCUGCAUGCACCUGCACGGGGACAGGGUGGUGUCGGGCUCCAGGGACACGACGCUGCGCGUGUGGGACGUGUCGACGGGCCGCUGCGCCCGCGUGCUCACGGGCCACGCGGGCGCCGUGCGCUGCGUGGCGUACGACGGGCGCCGCGUGGUGUCGGGAGGAUACGACCACCUGGUGAAGGUGUGGGACCCCGAGAGGGAGGCCUGCCUCCACACACUGCAGGGACACACCAACCGGGUGUACUCACUGCAGUUUGACGGCGUGUUCGUGGUCAGCGGCUCUCUGGACACGUCGAUCAGAGUCUGGGACGCAGAGACAGGUGGGUGUGUCCACACGCUGACGGGCCACCAAUCCCUGACCAGCGGCAUGGAGCUGAGGGAGCGGCUGCUGGUGUCGGGAAACGCCGACUCCACGGUGCGCGUCUGGGACGUGAGGACGGGCCGCUGCCUGCACACGCUGACGGGGCCCAACAAGCACCGGUCGGCAGUGACGUGUCUGCAGUUCUGCCGCGGUCUGGUUCUGUCCAGCUCUGACGACGGCACCGUGAAGCUGUGGGACCUGAAGACCGGGUCCUGGCUCCGGGACGUGGUGACCCUGCAGAGCCGGGGAGCAGGUGGCGUCGUGUGGAGGAUCCGGGCCUCCGACACGCGGCUGGUUUGUGCCGCCGGCAGCCGGAACGGGACGGAGGAGACCAAGCUGCUGGUCCUGGACUUCGACCCGGACCAGGACCAGGACCCGGAGGCCCAGACCCAGACCCAGUGAGGGGCGGAGACCCAGAGAGGGGGCGGGGUCACGCUUGUUCUUUUUGAUCAAAGUCUGGAUGGAUUCACUUCCUCUAACAGACAGGUAUGAAUGUCAACAACAACAACAACAACAGUCCUGGAGAGACGAGAACGUUGAAAUCUUCAAAAUCCGGCAACCAACGAAUGUUUUUUCUCUUGACGGAUAAAAACUAAAACGUCUCGUAGACGACUGAAGUUCAGGAGGAAACGCGGACAACAACAACAACAACAACAGUCCUGGGGGGACGAAACAACGAUGGAAUGUAACAAACCAAAUGUUGAGCAACUUGUUGCUCUGGACCAGUUUCUGUUUUCAAACCAGCGGUUUGUUUGUUUGUUUGUUUUAUUGUUUGUUUGUUUGUUUUCCACAUUGCCCGUCUCUCCCGCUGCCGUGCUACGAUGUGUUUGUUGUUUGUUUCGACGUGAAAGUGGCCAAACUGUAAACCAGGAGGCUCACAGCCGGAUCUAUGAAUUAUAUAUUUAUUAUUACACGUUAUAAUGAAACAUUUUAAUAAUGUUUUAAAUUUAAAUCUUUUUUUUCUGUUCAUAUUUAACUUUAAUUUAGCAGGAAAAUCAACAUCAGAACUUAAGAAGCAAAGAAAUGUUUAUUUAUUAUAUCCAUACACAACCACUUCAUUGUGACAUUUAAUUCACUAUUUAACACUAAAAUAUCUCUUAGUUAAUGUCACUAAUAUUUCACUUUGAAAACUUCACUUUCUUUUUUUUUUUACAAUAAAUUAAAAUGUAUUGUAGUAUUUAGUGUUUUAAUGUAUAAUCUUUUGUUGUUAUUCUAACAAUCUAAAUGUAAACAUUAAUGAUCUAAAUGAUCCUUCAUCAAUAAUUCACCUUUUUUCUUUACAUUUAACUCUAAAAUUCCCAAAAGUGAAAAGAAAAUUAAUAUUCAGAAAUAAAAAUCUUUAAUACAAAAUUAUUCAAAUUAAAUCGUUCCUGAGUUUUUGUUCGUAUAUAUUAUUAUUUUUGUUUUCACUUAGUUUAAAACACUUUUAUCACAUUUUUCAACGAACAACUUAAAAUCAAUCAAUUUAAUCUGAAAACCGCUUUUUAAUUAAUAAAAAAUAAUUCAUUAUCAUUUCACUGUAAAAAAAUUCAGUAUUUAUUUGAUUUAAAAAAUAUAUAUAUUAAAUAUAAUUGAGCUUUUUUGUUCACAAUCUAAAAUAUUAAAUCUAAUUAUUUAUUUGCUUCCAUAGUAAAUAAACGUUUGAUUUUCCUGCUUUAUUUAAGAACAACACUAAUUAUCAAACAGUUUCUCCUCAGCUCAAGAAAUAUUAAAGACAUAUUAACAACUUAAUAUAUUAUUAAAGAUAUUAAUUGUGAGGCUCCGACGUGUAAAAUACUGUAAAUAAAGAAGAUGUAAAUAUUCAGCUUUUUAUAUGAAGAAAACAAACAUUGUUCGUGGUGGAAAGAAAUGUGGAUCAAUAAAGUUUUAUAAAAAAAACA